AUGAAUAAAUCACCAUUCAGUACACCACGUGGUCGCGGACAAAAUGGAAAUCAAAAACCAUACUACCGUAAGCAACGCGGCUACUGGGAUAGUAAAAAUUCAAACCAAGUGUCUCCGACGAAUAACAGUAGUCAAAAAGAGAAAAAUUUAAACACCAGUGGAUCCAGUGACGAUUAUAUUCCUUUUAACAAUAGCUUACCUUCCCCGUUUAAUAAAAGCUUGCCUUCACCCUCGCUGGCAUCUCCACCAGCAGUGUCAACAUCUUCGCCGUUCUUUCAUGUGCAAAAGCAGGGUGGUCAGUUUUAUGGCCAGCAUCAGCGGUACUCGCUUGGGAAUGAGAGUCCUAGUCAUAGUCCACGUGGUCGGAGGAGUUUUAAUCAAUCUUUUUCUCCUGGUUAUAAUAAUAAACCUUUUUCUCCUGGGUUUAAUAAUAGAGCACCUAGAGGAAGGCAUACAACCCUUGGGCUGAGCUGGUGA